ACCUGAUAAUGUGACUCCUGUUUAGAUGACUGCUUAAGUUGAUUUUUGGAUAACUUGUUUGUGGGUAGUUUUGACCAUGGAACAUUAAUUUGAGCUGAACUUGUUUUAUUAGCUUAUUAGUUUACUUCUAGAGAAAACAGUAAUACAUGACAGUGAAAAAUGACUGAAAAUUAAUCAUGACACAUGUUAGUGUGCCCCCUAAAAGCACAAGUGGCCCCUGCCUGGCCCCCCAGUUACAGUAGUCUAGAACCGCCACUGGCUCCUGCCGUUUUCAGCCGCGUAUAGGGCCUGAUCAGACCGUCUUUUGCUGUGAGACGCAAAAUCAAGGGACUGCCACAUCUAGAUAUCUGAUCAGAUCUCUAUAGUUUCCCUCCAAUUAUUUGAAUAAGCCUGCAAUUUAAAAAUAGCCCCGGUGCGGGGAGAUUUCACACAACACGUAUAACGGGGAGGAUGAGCAUGUUACAGAUUUGAUACACAGCCAUGUUGAAAUCGAGGCAGCGGUGGAAGUAAACCGCGGUUAAAACGAUUAAUGAUCUUAUAUGUGAAAGUAUAAGCAGAGGACGUUUGUAAAAUUACACAAGUUUUUGUACUUGAGCUGUGGAGGGUUUCACUCGCGCGCGCAUGCACACACAUACACACAGACUCUAACGGUGUUUUUAAACACAUCAUUUGUUUAUUCAUGUCACAGACACAUAAAAUAAUCACAUAAGUAGGCCGAAGUUACUAUAAUCAAAAGCGACGACUUACAUCGUUCUCGUCUAUUUGGGUUGGUUCGGCUGAAAGUGACAGCGCGUCAUUUCUUUGUCUGCGCCCUAAGUAGCGUGUUUACUGACAUCAGCUAUUAGCAACACUAUACAAUCUCGUUUCUGUGUGUAAAUGAUAUAUACGGUGUAUUCAGAGCUCCGUUUCAAGCUGCGCGGCUGCCGCUUCUGUCUUCCGGGGACGGUACGAGACACGGCAGCAGCCCUCGGGACAGCGGGAAAACGGAGAGUAUAUUACGCCGUAGGCUACUGUAAAUACACACAGUAGCCUAUGUUGGAAACAAGCUGGUAUAGUGUUGCUAUUCGUGUCUGUGACAUGAAAAUAAACAAAUGAUGCGUUUAAAAACACCACUGGCGCUGUGUGUGCGAGUAAAACCCAUUCGUGGAAGUCACAAAAAGCAAUGUGUCACAAAUAUGUGAUGAUAAAGCUGAAGUGGUCAAGAAAACAGAAAACUCGUGUGAUUUGACAUACAUCCUCUGUAGGUUGCAAAUAAUGAUACACUGUAAUAAAGUAUCCACGAUCAUUUUGUGGGAAAAUGAACAACUGUGCAAGAGUGCGUGAGCAAGAGUAAACUUUCCUCUGUAUUUGUCAUCUGCUCCGCAGUCUGACAGGCUUCGGACAGACGAGAGAUUAAUGAUAGCGGGCGGGUUUUCUGUGAAGUUGUGCCGGUAAAUGUAGAUAAACUGUCUGGAUUGCGUUUACAUUACACUGAGAUCCGAUCACAAUGCGUCCUCGACUUUCUCUUGAUCAGGACACCCUGAUCGGAUAACAUUCCGAUCAGAAGCGGGUUUACACUUGUCUUUUCAAUGUGUAUGUGGCCAACAUCCAGAUACAGGUCGCAUGUUAAUGCCAAAUAUAAACGCACCCAAAGAGUCAACCAAAAGAGCAGCGCAGCACGCCUCGCGUUUUCGAACAUGAAAAGCGCGUUCUAUGUGAUCGCCACGGCUGAAAACGGCAGGAGUUCGGCUGAAAACAGCAGGAGCUCGGCUGAAAACGCCCGCUGCAGGCCAAAAGUUUUCUAUGAGGAUAAGGUUUAGGGGUAGGGCUUGAUUGGCAAACAAAAUAAGUAGUUCACUACGUCGGGAUGAGACCCGAUUUCCGAAGAGUUUGGUUCCAAAAUGAGAAAUCCUGUUUUUUUAUUGUGGUUUCCAAUUAAUAUCAAUCAAGCUGCAGUUGGUUUGUUUUGAUAUAAGCCAUAAUAACAAAAAAAUACAGAAAACACAAUAAAAACAUGAUAACAUAAUAAAAAAUUUGAAAAAACUUGGAGCUUUGGAACCAAGCUCUUCAGAUGGAAAUCGAGUCGUCAGUCCUUAUAUGUAUGUUACAGUACAUGGCCAUAGUGAUUAUAUCGGGUGUGGUCGACUUGCAUUAUAGAGCUUAUUUUCGCAGUAAGAACAGUGUGUCUCUUAACUGUUUUACAGUGAUUCUUUACACAUAAAUGUGUGUGUGUCUACAUCCAUGUAGAAUAGAUUUAAACUAGACCUACAUACAACGUUAAAUACUGCUGACUCGUGCGUGAAGUUUAGAGUAGAAAAUAAUUAAUUAUACUGCAUGUGAUGUUACAGUAUAUGGCCAUAACGUUUAGGCCUGUGUGAUCGACUUGCAUUAAAGGAACAAUACAGCAUUUUUAGGAGGAUCUAUUGACAGAAAUGCAAUAUAAUAUACAAAACUAUUUCUUCAGAGGUGUAUAAAGACCUUACAUAAUGAACCGUUAUGUUUCUAAUACCUUAGAAUAAGCUGUUUAUAUCUAUAUACUAAGGCUGGGCGAUAUACCGGUAUGUACGUGACUACCGGUAUUGUUUUGUGCCAUGAUAUGAAUUUUGCUAUAUCAUGCAUACCGUUAUAUAUUCAUGAACUCUAAUUUUGCAUUUAUAUUGUUUUGUUCAAUUUGUCAACUGUUAACACUGCUAAUGAAGACACAGAGUCGAGGGUGAACGUUUUAAUCUUUUGUCCUCUCAACUUCGCGCUAGACAGGCAUUAGUAAUCAAACAGAGAGCGCCUUAACAGUCCUAAAUUAAUAGAGCACAAACCGCCGAACGUUACUCAAACACGCCACAGCAACAAUCAAGCGUGCACAAGCAACUGCAGUUUGCGUUUGCGAAUUCAUGAGAUAGAACGUGAGAUUUGAGUGAAAAAGAUGAGCGAACGCGCAGAAAGUGAGGUUGUUGAACAGCACGAGGAGGAAUUAGUUAAAAAAAGAGGGGGCUCCUCUGUCGUAUGGAACUGGUUUGGGUUCAAAAUUUCUGACAUCGACCAACAAACCAUACUCUGCAAGUUGUGUCGCCGUGUUGUUGCAGCCAAAGGUGGAAACACUAGCAAUCUCUUUCACCACUUGAAAACCAUGCAUGUCCGCGAAUAUGAGACAUGCACCCAAAUGCGUACAACAGGUCGUCCAACAGAUCGUCCCGAAGGCGGCGGCGGCGGCGCACGCCCGAAGAUGAGGAUGGCUCCCAUUCAGCAAUCAAUAAAGUCAUCAUUCGCUGCCGGUACUCCGUACGACAAGACGAGUAAAAGAUGGAAAGACAUAACAAGUGCAAUAACACAUCACAUAGCGAAGGACAUGGCACCCAUUCGAACUGUGGAGAAAGAAGGUUUCAGAAAGUUGAUUCAAACUCUGGAGCCAAGAUAUGAGAUCCCCAGCCGUAAAUAUUUUAGUCAAACACGCCUGCCACAGCUUUUCACCGAAUGUCAGGAAAGAGUUUACAACGAAAUUAAUAACAUUGAAUUUUUCUCCACCACUGCCGAUCUAUGGUCAAGCCGUACCACAGAACCAUACAUAAGCCUUACAAUCCACUACAUUGACAGUGAGUGGAAACUACAAAGUAGUUGUAUAAUAAACUAUAUAUAAUAAAUGAAAUAAUCGCAUCGGGUCUGAGGGAUGCACUUUUGUGUUGGGGUUUAAAAGAGUCACGUCAAGUAUGUAUGACGACCGACAGUGGAUCAAACAUGAUCAAAGCACUGCAGCUGAACAACUGGAAAAACCUUGGGUGUUUCGGACACAGGCUGCACAAUGCCAUUGAGAGGAGUGUUCAAAACGAAACCCGGAUUUCUCGAGCCACAGGGGUGUGCAAGAAGAUAGUAAGCACAUUUUCUUACAGCUGGAAAAAACAGAAGGCCCUGAUGAGUGCACAGAUUGAAAGAGGCCUGCCCUCACACAAGCUCAUCACAGAAUCUGCAACAAGGUGGGGAUCUCGUCUGCAGAUGAUUGAAAGAGUCCUGGAACAGGAGAAAGCAAUUACACAAGUCCUGGCAGCAGACAAAAAGACACGGCACCUUGUACCUACGUGGCAAGACAUCAUGGCCUUGGAGUCGGUCACAGCAGCACUGAAGCCACUCCAAGAUUUUACAGAUGCCCUGUCAGGAGAAGCAUAUGUCAGUGUGUCCUAUUUGAAGCCUGUCAUCCAUCUGUUAAAUACAGAGAUUCUGAAUCCAAAAGAGGGUGAUACCGAACUGACCCAAGAGAUCAAAACUAAGGUUCUUGAUUACUUGAAUAGCAAGUAUACUGACCCUGCAACAGAUGAGCUACUCACCAUGGCAACCUUUCUCGACCCAAGAUUUAAAACCAUGUACUUGUCCCCUGAGAAACUGGAGGAAAUUAAAGUGAGAGCAGCCUCAGAGACUGAAGCCCUCCUGGAGGAGAACCCUGCCCUGGUACUGGUAGAAUCAUCUCUUGUAGAGGAUCAACCUGAAAGGGAGGGAGAAACAGCCACUGCUCCACUACCAUCAGCCAAGAAGCCCAAGAAGAGCCUUGGAAGCUUCUUUAAGACCAGCAGUGCAUCGGCCUCAUGUUCACAGAAGCAGAUCAUUGAGCAAGAGCUAAACAGCUACAUUCUGGCAAUGACACCAGACGGUGAGACUGAUCCUUUGGAGUGGUGGCGAUUUCAUGGAUCUCAUUUCCCACAUGUAAGUUGUCUGGCAAAAAAGUACUUAUGUAUUCCUGCCACAAGUUCGCCCUCUGAGAGGGCAUUCAGCACUGGGGGCAACGUCGUCACAUGUAGCAGGGCGGCACUGAAGCCAGAAAUGGUCAAUAGGUUGGUGUUCCUGGCACAGAACUUGUGAAGAAGUUGAUGCGAUGUGAGGUUGUGUGAAAAGUGUAACCUUUUUUUCCAAGGUUAUUACUUAGUAAUCUUCUUUAUCUCCUAAAACGUACUUGAAAUAUUGUAUUUUAUCUAAUUUGACAUAAUAUUUAAUUUAGGCCUACCUCAUGUUGCCACUUUGCACUGUUUGAAUACUUGAUGGUUGAGGUUUGAAAUGUGUACUUUAAAAAGCUUACAGUAUUUAAGUUUGUAUAAACUACAUUUUCCUUGUAGUAAUCUUCU